UUUGGUGUCUGUCUUCACGGAGCUGAAGAAAGGUGGAGUUUAUGCGAGUUUUUGAACUGCAUGCAUUUCACUUCUUGGAGUGUAACUAACUUUAUGCAGCAUGAUUAUUUCCACAAAUCGUUUGCUUGUGCAGUUUAAUUAAUAAGUUUUAACGCAAAUACCAAUCUCUGAAAACUCCUGGUCCGUCCGAAAGUUUUACCUGUGUGGAAAUACAGGAUAAGAGGAAGUCAUAAAUCGGUUAUAAAUCUACGAAAAUGCAUUUGAUUGCAUAUCGCAAAGGUCUUUUAAACGGAUGUUGCCUGAAUAAAAUUUGCACAAAUGAAAUAUUCAGGCAUGGACAAUGGCUACAGAUGUGGAGAUCCAAGACAUCAGCACCGAAAAACUUCAAGGAUUAUGAGAGCACGAGACAAACUUACAACCCUCAAGUUCCUCUGCAUUUUAAUUUCGCCAAAGACGUGCUCGAGCAGUGGGAAACUAAAGAAAGGGAUGGACAGAAGUCUUCUCUUCCAGCUCUGUGGUGGGUGAAUGAUGAAGAGGAGGUCAGAUGGAGUUUUGAAGAACUGGGGUUUCACUCCAGAAGACUGGCGAACGUUCUGUGUCAGGUGUGCGGUUUGAAGAGAGGGGAUCGCGUCUUUCUCAUUUUACCCAGAGUCCCCGAGUGGUGGUUGGUCAAUGUUGCAUGUCUGAGAAGCGGUACUGUCCUCAUCCCUGGCACCUCUCAGCUCACGGCUCGAGACAUCCGCCACAGGCUGCAGGUCUCAGGAGCCAAGUGUGUGAUCACGGAUGAAACCGUGGCUCCGCUGCUGGACUCGGUGGCUUCGGAUUGCCCGACCGUUACUUCAAAACUUCUGGUGUCCCACAGGGCCAGACACGGCUGGGGCAACCUGACACAACUUAUGGGAUCAGUGUCAGAUGAGCAUGUUUGCGUGAACACCGGGAGCGAGGAACCCAUGACUAUUUUCUUCACUAGUGGCACAACCGGCUCCCCCAAAAUGACCCAACACAGCCACUGUAGGUAUGGCAUCGGGCUGACAGUGAAUGCAAGAUACUGGCUGGAUCUGACCGAACGGGAUGUUUUCUGGAACACGUCGGAUACGGGUUGGGCCAAAUCAGCAUGGAGCAGCGUGUUUGCUCCAUGGAUCCAGGGAGCGUGCGUAUUUGUUCACCAAAUGCCACGAUUUGACACCAGUACUAUAUUAAGGACUCUGUCCAGCUUUCCCAUCACAACCUUCUGCACGGCACCGACAGCCUAUCGGAUGCUUGUACAUGAGGACAAAUCCAGGUUUCAUUUCCAGGCUCUUGAACACUGCCUGUGUGCGGGCGAGCCCAUAAAUCCUGAGGUAAUGUGGAAGUGGAAGGAGCUCACUGGACUGAACAUCUAUGAAGGAUAUGGACAGACUGAGACUGUGUUAAUAGCAGGCACAUUCAAGGGCAUGAAGAUCAAACCAGGGUCUUUUGGAAAGGCGUCACCGGGAUAUGAUGUUCAGGUGGUGGAUGAAGAUGGUGUCAUUUUACCACAAGGACAAGAGGGAAACCUGGCCAUUAGAGUGAAACCACACAGACCAUUCUCUCUCUUUACAGAGUAUACGGGGGAGCCAGAGCGCACAGCUGAAUGUUUCCGUGGUGAUUUCUACCUGACAGGUGACCGAGGAUUGAUGGAUGAUGAAGGAUACCUGUGGUUCGUCGGCAGAGCUGAUGAUGUCAUCUUGUCUGCGGGGUAUCGCAUCGGUCCAUUUGAGGUUGAAAACGCUCUGAUAGAACAUCCAGCCGUAGCAGAAUCUGCUGUGGUCAGCAGUCCUGAUCCGAUUCGAGGAGAGGUGGUGAAGGCAUUCGUAGUUCUGACAGCAGAUUUUAAAUCGAGAGACCGUAAAGAACUGAUCCAGGAACUGCAGAUACAUGUGAAGAGCGUCACAGCUCCCUAUAAAUAUCCACGCAAGAUUGAGUUCGUGGAUGAUCUUCCCAAGACUGUAAGCGGGAAAAUAAGGCGCGUAGAGUUGAGAAAGAAGGAAUGGGAGCGGAAGACAAGCUAAAAUCCUACCCAAAUAUUUUGACUAUAAGAGAUCAUUCCACCUCAUUAUAUGCGUCACUCCCAAGUGUUUUUUAGCAUUCAUAAGAAUGUUAAAAAAGGCUUUAUCUUAAGCUUUAUAUUAAUAAUAAAGGGGCAGAUUCCAAUCCAGGGCUAGGCCGUAGUUAAAUUAGGACAUUUUAGUCUUUUUUACAAACAUACCUUAACUCUUUCCCCGCCAUUGACGAGUUCUCGUCAAUUAAGAGAAAUAAUUUGCAUAAAAAGUGUUCCUGAUAAAUUUUAUGUUCAUCUGCAAUACUGCGAUUAUCCACUAGAUGGCGUACUUAACCAAUUUAUGAAAAAACUGAAGCCAAAACGUUAUUUACUAAUUUUAAACUCUGUGUAUGUUUUGAUAAUCGUUCUGAAUCUGAUCUCUAACAAAAUUCCUUUACAAAAAUGCAAUUAUUUCAGCUUUUUGCUAAAAAAUUAUAUUUUUAAAGAAAAAUAUCCAUAUUUAAGAGUUUAUAAGCAGAGGAAAAAUAUAGAUAGGAUUAAAGUUUUUUCCCCGUGUUGUUAGUUUGUUUGUUUAUUGUUUGUUUAAAAGCAGAGCGUCUGUUCUGUGAUUUGAUAUAUUUGUAUGUUUAUAUAUUUUUACAGUGUUGUGCCUGAACGAGUUCAUUGAACGAAAGUUCAUGAACGCGUUCAUAUUUUGAGCGAACGUGAACUGAACGUACUGUAUUACUGCCUGAUGAACUUAUUGUGAACUCGUUUAUUCUGGUGCUUGUGAACGGCACGCGCUCUCAGUUCAAUAGGGUGCCAGAUUUCUAUAGAGUCUUCCAGGCGAAAACCAGGUGUUGUGUCGAACUCAGUUCCCCCUAUGUUUCCCUUUAGUGUAGUGCUUUUAUAACGUUUUCAUCACGUUACAUUUAGAAAAUUUUAAUUGGUUAUACUAAAAAGGCAUAAUAAAUAUCAUGUAUUUUAUAAUACAAUUUAUUAAAUAUUUCAUACAUUUGACAGUUUUCUAUUAGGGUAUUUCUUUUAAAAUAUAGCCUGUCUUUUUCUUUUUUUUUCUUUACUGGUUUUAAAAAUGUAAUGUUUGCAUACAUAAUUAAAAAAAUAUUAUACAUAUAAUAUGAUUCAUACUGUAAAAAUAAUUGACUUACCAUUAAGAACAAUACAGAUACAUUACAGAAAUGCACACAUAUACAUCUCAGUAGCCAUUAAAACUUUAAAUAUAUAAAUAAUAAAACCUAUAACGUGAUAAAAACGCCAUAAAAACACUACACUGAAGGGAAAAAUAGGGGGAACAUAGGGGGAACAGACUUCGACACAACACCUGUUAAAACACAUUGUAAACGGGCCUUAAUGUGUAGCGGAAAAAACACCCAAUCUGGCAACACCGCCACCAGGCUGCAUGCGUCAUCAAUACAACACUGACUGGACGCCAAUACUAACCAACUGCAGACGCUGCAGAAAUCCAAAUCCCUGCCGCGGCACUCACAUAGUUUAACAUUAAAUAGCACUAUAUUUGUCCUAAACGGUUAACGAUUAACAUAAGUUAGGCUGCUAACGCAUAUUCUGGAUCUUGAAAUAGACUUUGACUAAGCUCACGCUAUUUAACGUGCACGUGCGGUUGUCCUACGCGAUGCCUCGCAGCGCUUUUCGCCCGGAAAACCCCCUUGAAGCACCGGCUAGCCUUUCAAGGUGUGCAAAUACAAACAUUAAAAGACAGUCAAUGCUAAUGUAAAACCUGGCUGGAUAAGGAUUUAAAGUUGGAUAUGAAGAUGAAAUCUGACGCAUUUAGCUUCAGUGUUAAAACUGAUAAAAUAAUUGCUGUCUGUGGUUAUAUGGGCUAUAAUGGCAAUCAUUUUUUUAAUAAUAUGGGAAAAAAUAACUAUAAAUUAGUUCAUUUUUGGAACUGUGAACUAGUUCAAAAUUUUGAAAUAUGAACUAUGAACUGAACUAGUAGAAAGUGAACUUUCCCAACACUGUAUUUUUAGAAGAAAAUUUUCCUGGAAGGCAUUUUGUGAAACUUUUGUAUAAUCACAAAAAAUGCUGGCGGGCAACUUUUUAAAAAAUGGCUGGCGUGGAAUGAGUUAAAAACAAUACUGGUGUGCAUUUUGAGACAAAACAAUGUCACUGAUAUAUGUUAAGAUGUGUCAGUAAAAAAUGUUUUAAAUGAAGGCAGCUCAAACAUGCAUUUUAGUCUGGGACUAGGGAAACAGCCCCGAAGAGUUGGACCUUUAUUGACUUCAACUAAUACAUAUCUGACAUAUUUUAAUUGCCAUCACUAACUUUGCUUCUCCAUACAGUGAGGAUAUGGUUUGUGUGUUAUGUUUUAAACUACAUGCAUCUUACCUCUAUAUGGCACCAAUGUUGAAACUCAUCUGAUAAUGGAACUUGUAGUCCUGCUGCCUACCUGCAGGAGGCGACAUUUUAUUAUAAUGAACACUAACCCAGAACAAACACAAUACACUCUUUUUCUGAUUCAAUAUACACUUUUUUAUAAAUGAAUAAUGUUCCUACCUCAUGUUUGAUCUUUUUAAGCAUAAAACCAAGAUUGAUAAGCUGUGCAGCUCAUAUAUUAGCAUGUUUGAUUUAUUUUAAAUUAUAUAUUAUAUCAUCUAUUGUAAAUGUGAAUUACUCUUGAUGUACUGUAACAACAUAUUAAACAUUUAUACCAGUAUAA